AUGGAAUUAGGCUUAAGUAGAAAUGAUAGCCAACAGAGCUGGAACACCACAUCACCAAAACUAAGCGCCUGUAUCGCCGAAACAGCAUUUACAUGGAUUCCGACCAUCUGUUUCUGUCUUUGUUUGCCGUAUACUAUUGUCGAUACGUUCCGCACCCGACGGCCGGCCAUCGGGUGGAACGCAUACAACAGCGCCCGUAUGGCUACGGCGCUGACUCUAUCGGUGGUGACUGUCGUAGACUUCAUACUAUGUAUGUUAAGGCAGUUCCAGUUCGACGACUCGCCCGCCGUCUCGUACCUGAUCUCGACGGCCAUGUAUUCAAUUACACGACUACUGUUAUGUCUGGUCCUAUACUGUCACCAGAGAUCAGGCGUUCAUUGCAGUGGAAUCGUGUGGUUCUACCUUUUGUUGGACACAGUGUUCGGCGCCCUAUCGGUGGCCACGUAUUCACUGGACGACAUCAGACAGAGUCACGAAUACGUGUUGUUUAUAAUACAGUAUUCAUUAACAGUAAUACUGUUUAUAAUAAACUCAUUUCCGGACCGAUUGCCGACGUAUGACAAUAACGGUAACGAAAAACACGCCAAUCACUUAAAAGUGUGCCCCAAAGAGACGGCAUCCUUCCCAUCGAGACUGUCCUUCUGGUGGAUAACUGGGCUCAUAAUGAAGGGCUGGAGGAGUCCACUGACCAGAGAUGACUUGUGGGCCGUACGCCACGAGGACUCAUGUAAGACAGUGUACGGAGAGUUUAACAGGUUAUGGAAAAAGGGAGCCCUCGACGCCGCCGACGAGUCACUGGUGUCUGAGUUGACCGCAAACGGGGCGGAUAUUAAGUCUCAGUCUAUGAACGCCACGAAACCGGAGUCACCGGCAAAGAAACCGACAAAAUUGUUAACAGUGAUUACCAAAGGGUUUUGGUUUUACUUCAUUACACCCAGUAUUUUGAAAUUGAUGGCCGACUGCAUGCAACUCGUCAAUCCGGAGAUUAUGAAGAUGUUGAUUGGUUUCACCACUGAUCCAAAUGAGCAAAAUUGGCAUGGUUAUAUGUACGCACUGCUGCUUAUACUGACCAACACUUUCCAAAGCCUAAUCAACGGUUAUCAGUCGCAGCGUAUGGCUGUGUUAGGAAUGAGGAUCAGGGCAUGUCUGGUGUCAGCUGUCUAUAGAAAGUCAUUGGUAUUAAGCAAUCACUCAAAGUCUGGCACAACUUCUGGAGAAAUUGUUAACUUAAUGGCAGUCGACUCACAAAGAUUUUCUGAUAUGUUGCCAUUUAUAAGCUUUGUAUACACAGCGCCGGUACAGAUAGGCAUAUCGCUGUGGCUGCUGUAUAACGAGUUAGGCAUCGCCACUAUGGGUGGUCUGGUGCUGAUGAUUGUGAUGGUGCCGGUAAACGGGUGGGUCAGCGCCAAAGUGCGGGCCAUUCAAGCGAAACAAAUGAAACUCAAAGACGAUAGGGUGCGCUCGUUGAACGAGAUACUCAGCGGCAUUAAAGUGCUCAAGCUGUACGGCUGGGAGGAGGCGUUUGUGGCCAACAUAAUGGACAUCAGGCGCCGUGAGUUGGACCGUAUCCGGCGAAGUGGCAUGCUCAACUCGGUGAUGAUCGUAUUGGCCUCCUGUACGCCAUUCUUUGUAUCGCUGGUCACAUUCGGGCUCUACAUUGCCAUCGAUGAAAAUGGUAAACUAGACGCACAAAAAGCGUUUGUCUCCAUAUCGUUGUUUAAUUUGCUAAGAAUGCCCUUGACUAUGGUCCCUAACAUGAUCACCACGCUCGUUUUGACAUUGGUAUCCAUUAAACGUUUGGAUAAGUUCUUGAAUUUCUCAGAACUGACGGGUUAUGUGACCAGAAAUAGUGACGAAAAAGAGGUAAUAAAAGUGAAAAACGCUUCGUUUACGUGGGAAAGAGUGGAGGAUGUGGUGGACGGGGGUCUCAAACCCACUCUCGACAAGAUUAACCUUAAAGUAAUGAAAGGCAAGUUUGUGGCCGUCGUUGGGAAUGUGGGCUCCGGUAAAAGCUCUCUGUUGUCGGCUCUGUUGGGAGAUAUGGAGAUAUGCAGUGGAAGUGUGAAUAUCAAUGGGAACUCAGAGUUAGCUUAUGUACCACAACAGGCGUGGAUACAAAACGCCACUUUGAAAGACAAUAUACUGUUUGGCAAAGAGUUUGAUUCCAAGAAAUACCGAAAGAUCAUCAAAGCGUGUGCUCUGAAGUCGGAUCUGUUGACACUCGCCGGCGGAGACGAGACAGAGAUCGGCGAAAAGGGUAUUAACUUAAGCGGCCCAGUCUUUGUUUCCCAAAGGAAUCGGGCUCGACAGAUAAGUCUGCGGCUAGAGAUAGACAAACUGCUGGGCAACAGACGUCACCUGUCAGUACACCCGUUUGUAUAUAACCUACUCCACAACUCGACUAGAACCGGUUUAUUACACAAUAAGACCAGAGUUUUGGUGACAAACAGUCUGUUUGUUUUGCCGGACGUCGACUACAUUGUUGUUCUGAAAAACGGAAAAAUCACAGAUUAUGGCAGAAUACUGCUUGACUACCCCUGUCAUGUGGUGUUUACAACAGCUGCUGCUGUGGCUAUCGAGCGUGAGCAGUCUCCCCCAGUCUGUAGCCCGCAGUUGAUCGGAACCGACGACUCCUUUGAUUUGGAAACUAUGGGAACGGGAAGUGUUAAGUUUGAGAUAUACAAGAAGUUUGCGAAAGCGAUGUCAACCUUUUGGACGGUUAGCAUAAUCUGCGGCUACGCGGCCACCAAUGCCUGCAAUAGUGGCUCCAGUUUUUGGCUCACGUACUGGACUGAAGACCCAGAGGGCGGCGCUAAGAGUGGCUUUUAUUUAGGCAUUUAUGCUAUUAUUGGCUUAAGUCAGGGGUUGUUUGUGUGGUACGCGUGGUGUGCGAUUGUAGCAGGGUCACUUUUAGCAUCGCGUAAUUUGCAUCAAAAACUGUUGACAAACAUAAUUCACGCUCCGAUGCACUUCUUCGACACCACACCUAUGGGUCGGGUUAUCAAUAGGUUUAGUAAAGACAUCGAUAUAUUGGACACUAUUAUGCAAAUGACUUUAAGAGUACUUGGAAGUACAGUAUUUCAAACUCUGGCUAUUUUAGUGACAAUUUCAAUACAAACACCGAUAUUUAUAGCUGUAUUCGUGCCCGUAAUGGGUGUUUAUUAUUUGAUACAAAAGUUUUAUGUCACGACAUCUCGACAAUUGAAACGCCUGGAGUCAGUCUCUCGAUCUCCGAUUUACUCUCAUUUCAGUGAAACACUGAACGGAGUGACGACUAUCAGAGCGUACGGCGCAAACGACCGCUUCAUUCAUGUGUCCGACCAGAGGGUAGACAACAAUCAAAUGUGUUUCUAUCCCAACGCUAUCGCCAACUGUUGGCUGUCUAUUAGACUCGAGUUUUUGGCAAAUUUAAUCAUUUUCUUCGCGGCCUUACUGUCAGUACUCUCGAGGAACAGUCUGGACGGCGCACAGAUAGGACUGUCCAUAUCGUACGCGCUUAACAUAACACUAGUACUCAAUUGGGGGGUUCGGAUGUUUGCGGAGAUGGAGAACAAUGUGGUGGCCGUCGAGAGGAUUGACGAGUACUCUAAUGUUGAAUCGGAGGCCGAAUGGCAUUCAGCGAACCCGCCGGCAGAGGAGUGGCCACAAGAGGGUAGAGUAGAGUUCGUCGAAUACGGCACCCGAUAUAGAGAGGGAUUGGAUUUGGUAUUAAAGGGAAUCGAUGUUAACGUAAGAAAGGGAGAGAAAGUGGGAAUAGUUGGCCGAACCGGUGCCGGGAAAUCAUCACUAACUCUGGCGCUAUUCAGGCUAAUAGAGUCAGCAUUUGGUAGGAUAGAGAUCGAUGGCGUGGAUAUCAGUAAAAUAGGACUCCAAGAGUUGCGUUCAAAGCUAACGAUUAUACCACAAGACCCGGUGCUGUUUGCGGGUACUAUUCGUACAAAUUUGGAUCCGUUUAAUAAGUACACGGAUGAGAGGGUGUGGACAGCCUUAGAGCACUCACAUCUACUUGAGUUUGUGAAGAGCACUGACGCCGGCAUUCAUUAUAAGGUUUCUGAAGGCGGAGAGAAUUUGAGUGUGGGUCAGAGGCAACUGAUGUGUUUGGCCAGAGCUCUGCUGCGGAACACAAAUAUCCUGAUCUUAGACGAGGCGACGGCUGCCGUAGACCUCGAGACGGAUGCUAAGUUCACUCGCUGUACAAUCCUUACGAUUGCCCACCGGUUGCACACUAUUAUGGACUCGGAUAGGGUUCUGGUGCUCGACUUCGGACGGGUGGCCGAGUUUGACGCCCCGCAGACUCUCCUACAGAAUGACCGCUCGAUCUUUCACUCACUCGCCAAAGACGCCGGACUCGCAUAACAGCACACUUUCAAACACAACACCAC